GGAGCUAACGCUGAGCGGCUGCGCUUCGCGCGCUUGGUUACCAUGACGACAGCGGCGCCAUUUCGCGAGUUCCUCUGAGGAGAAGCUGAAGACUGAACCAUAGCAACAAACCGUAAACAAGCCGCCGCCAUCUUUAAACUCAGUCAGUCCGCCGUGUGGAGUCUGUGACAGGAGAAUCCGGCUCUCGGGCCGCCACAGCGCUCAGGAUGUCUGAUAUUCUGUGUCGGUGGCUGAACCGGGAGCUCCGGCUGUCCAAAGCCGUCGAGCCGCUUUCUUUGGCUAAAGAUUUCUCUAACGGGUAUCUUCUGGGUGAAGUUCUGCACAAACACCAGCUCCAGCAGGAUUUCCACCAGUUCUCCAAACACAGCACGGCUAAUGCCAAGCUGAACAACUUCACGCGUCUAGAGCCCACGCUGCAGCUCCUGGGCGUGCCCUUUGACCUGGGCAUGGCCAAGGCGGUGAUGCAGGGCCAGCAGGGGGCGGCCACACGCCUGCUCUACCAGCUCUACAUCCUGCUGCAGAAGAAGACGCGCUUAGGGCUGACGGGCGCCGUGCUGGAGACCAUGCAGCCUGCAGCCGUCGCCAGACUGCACCGUGUGGAGAAGCACAUCUACACCGAGCGUUUGAGGACGAUGGUGAAGCGAGAGGCAGACGUGAAGAUGCAGAAGAUCGCACAGCGCUUUGAUAAGAGAGGCCGUGAUGCAUACAGCCGCUCAGUGAUAGCCGAACUGGAGCGCGAGGAGAGACGGCGCCACCUGCAGGAUCAGAUGAGACUGCAGGACAUCCAGAAGCACCGACAGGCUCGUAGGAAGCAGCAGGAGAUCAUGGACCGUAUUCAGACAGCUGUAGUGCAGAUCCCCAAACCCCCAGUGAGUCGUUCAGUCCGAGCGAUGGGCAAACACAGACAACACCAGCAACCAGACGCUCAGAGCAUUCAUUAUCAGAUCAGUGAGUUUGAGAAGAACAGGAAGAGACCGUCUCCUGCAUCAUGUCCAGCGUCUGUCAGUGUGCAGGUGAACGAGGAGCAGAUGGAGGAAUGGAACAACGCAUAUGUGCAGAAGAUCAGGAAGCGCCUGGAGGAGGACGCCACGGCACGAGAACAGAGAGAGAAACGCCGCCGCCGUGCGCUAAUCCAGCAGCUACACACACACCAGACCCAUGAGGAGAUGUUGCGGGAGGAGCAGCUGAUUGGGCGUCUGAUGCGCCAGUCACAGCAGGAGAAGCGAAUCGCAGUGCAGCUGAUGCAGAUCAGACAGCAGAAGGAGGUUCUGAGGCAAAACCGUAUCCUGAGGGAGAGAGAAAUCCACGAACAGAGACUGAGAGACUUCCGGCAGGCCCUGGACCAAGAGGCAGCUCUGCUGCAGCAGGACCGGAUUAAUCGGGAGGCGGAGCUACGUAAAGAGCGGGAACUUCACACACGUCUGGCUGCUGAGCGCGCUCAGUCCAAACACCGCAAACACCUCGACACCUGCAGGGGGAUUCUGGAGCAGAUCGUGGAUCUGGCAACCAAAGCUGGAGAAUACCGCCUACUCACUGCUAAUCUGAUCCCUGUGAAGCUGGUGAGGGAGUGGAAGGCGCUGUGGCUGAGCGGGAAGCCGCUGUAUGAGAUGGAGUCGAGCCCAGAGCAGGACAUCGAGCUGGAGAAACUCCACAUCCUCAACGAGCAGGACUACACUGACUACACGAAUAUGACAGGGGAGUGGGCGUGGCCUGAAGAAGGUGAGAGUAAAGCUCCGCCCCCCAAUAACGACAUCCUGGGUCACAUCGUGAGUCAUCUGAGAAGCCUGAUUAAUCCGCCUGAACUGAUAGCUCCGCCCCCUGCGAGCCCUCAGCACACACUCCGAGCCUGUGUUCUGGGAAAAGUCUACUCCGGAAAGACCACCUGCCUCACCCGGAUCAGCCAGGCUCACGGUGUCCACGUUCUGUCAGCUGAUGCACUGAUCCGCGAAGCGCUGGAAGCUCACCGCCCUGGAGAACCUGAGAGCAAGGUGAAUACAGGAAGCAGCGACUCUCUUCAACAGGAAACGGAGCAGAGCGAGGGGGCGGAGCCACUGUCUGCUCCACACACAGAGCCGAGAACUCACAGCCUGGAACACUGCACAGAGUCUUUGCGAGCUCAGCAUGGUGCAGCUGUGGAAGAAGCACUAAAAUCAGGCAAAGGUGUUCCUGAUGGCCUGCUCAUCAACAUCAUCACAGACGCAAUCAAGAAGGUCCCGUGGGGUCAGGGUUGGGUUCUGGACGGGUUUCCUGUGGACCUCUCUCAGGCUCGGCUGCUGGAGAAGGCUCUGGGUGGAGCCGACACGGAUCAGGACCACACAAAGGGGCCACAUAAGAGUCAUGAGCUGGCAGUGGACAGCAACGCCCCUCAGGCUCCGCCCCCAGCCUCACCUGUGCUGCACCUGGCCGUGUUGCUGGAGGUGUCAGAUGAGCAGGUGCUGGAACGGCAUCAACACCCAGUACAGGAGCGAGAGAGAGACGCUGAGCACACAGCGCCUCCUGCUGGAGGGACGAGACAGGAGCAGAGGCAGGAGCAGAGGCAGGUCCAGCACAGGAUUCUGGGGUUUCAGGACUCUUGGCCCGGGCUGGAGGAGUGGUUUGGAGUGGAGCAGCAGGUGUUGGUGAAGGUGGAUGCGGGGGUGGACGAGGACACGCUGUACAGGACGGUGGAGACGGUGCUGUUACACGCUGCAGAGAAAGGGUCACACACUCAGUCACACACAGCAACGGACCACAGAUCAGAGACUACAGACGUCCAGAAACCACAAUCGCACCACUGCGGUGAUUCCAAGAGGGCGUCGGUUUCUUCCUUGUCAGCUGCUGAAGCCCCGCCCCCUGAGCCUGGCUCCUCCUCCUGGGUGUAUGUGGAUGAUGAGUUACCGAAGGAGAUGUCGGAGAAUCUGCUGUCACACUGGGAGAACAUGUGCAGCUCCUACGUCUCCAACGUUAAAGCUGUGAUGCAGAACCUGCGCAAAGAGCGGAACCUCAUCAUACACCACCUCUACAACAUCAGAGAGGAAUAUAAACAGUACCUGAUGAGACCGGAUCUGAAGCAGGAGUUUGUGUGUGUGUGGCAGCGUGAAUAUAACAGCGUGUCAGACGACACGAGACACGAAGAAGAGACCAAAUCAGAACUGCACCAGAGACUGGAGGAUCUGAGGGAGCGUCUGUGGGAUAUCUGUGAUAAGAGGAGAGAAGAGGCGAUGCAGGAGAAAGCAGCACUUACAGAAGACAGCUGGCUCGAGAACCACACUUCUGUUCUCAUUAACCACUACUGUACUCUCAUACAGGUGGAAGUGGACAGGUUUCAGUACACUCUGCAUCUGUUGAGAAAUUAUUACGCAGGUAUGUACCGGGGUGCUGUUCCUGAAGCAGCACCUGAAUCCACCUGCCUCACGCUGCUUGAUAUCACCGACGGCAACAGCAACCAACCUGAGAGGACAAAGAGCUCUGCAGGUUCGACUCCAUCUGAGAGAUUAACAAAGAGUGCUGGGAAAAAAGACCCUGAGAUUGAGGAUAAGAAGAAACCAAGAGUGCCCUCCUCAACUGACUCCUCCAAACAGAAGGACUGUGUUCACCCUGAUGAGAAAGUACUGCAGGAUUUUCAUCACACUGCUGUCACUGCUGUCACACAGCUGGUAGCAGCAGAGAUGCAGCAGUUGGAGCAGGAGGAGAACGAGUUGCAGCCGCAGGUGGAGAGAGAGACAGCAGACGCACAGUCACACACUCCAGCCCCCACAACACAGUCUGCUAAAGACAAGAAGAAAGGAGGCAAGAAGAAAGGUCCCCCCUCCCCCACCCAGGAGACCAUCCUGCCCCCCCCACCGGAGGAGGAUGCUGAGGAAGUGCAGAAGAAGGCAGUGAGAAACAGAAUGAGACUGGAGUACAGAACUGCACUACAGCAUGAGGAGCGCUCGGUAUGUGAGCGUUUGGAGCGGGUGAAGCUGCAGUGUGUGGAGACGUUGCGAAGUCUCCAGAGCCGAGCAGAAGUGGUUUACAGAGAGAUGGAGGAGUGGGGCGGGGCUCGCUUCCUGUCUGAGGUCAACAGCAUUGAUCAGCUGGCAGCCAUCAUUCGUCACCACAUUGAGAGCGGAUCACAGAUCACACACGAGCUCACAUUGUCAUGUAGCAACUUAUUCAUCGAUAGAGACACACGUGUGGUGGUGACUCCACCCCCUCCACCCCACCCACUCCCUACUGAAGCGACCAAUCAGGGCUCGCUCUCUCUAACUGUGCAGCAGCUGUACAGCCUGCAUUCUCAUCUGCUCAACAUCGCCCCUACAGGUCUGGUGUCCUGUGGCAUUUUGUGUGAGGUUCUGACUCUCUGUGUGGGUUCUGACGUUCUGUCUGAAGCCUGGAUGCGACUCACAGACUCACAGGACUGCGGGAUGGUGGACUGGCGUCAGUUCCUCUUGAGCGCCGCUCGUCCGUGGCCACUCCCCUCACAGACACAACUAAUAAAUACACUCGCACACUUCAGAGAGAUCGACACAGCAGGGGGCGGAGUCAUCACACUGCAGCAGUACCUACAGGUGAAGUUGUGGUUUCCCACUCAGAGAGAACUUCCUGUUCCUGAUGAUUCGACCGAACCUCAGCCCUACGACAGACUGACCGACCUCAGAAAGUUCUUCUUCACUCUGUUCUCAGACUCCGCCCACUCUCCGCCUGUGUGUGACUACAUGAACAUGCUGCUGUAUUUCUGCGCUCAUCCUGAUCCAGCACGCGGCUUCACCAGAGCGCUGAGCCUAGUGACACAGCACACACUGCGCUACACGCACACACACACCACGGGCCUGCUGCAGUCCUACGUCACAGGCGAUGUGUGUGAUGAUGAAGAGGAGGUGUGUGAGGGUGAUGAAGGUGGUGUGUCGGUGGAUGAUGUACUCAGAGUUGUAAAUCACAGAGGACCUCGAGUUUCAUCUCAAAAGCACACCAAAGCUCGUAACACAGAGGAGCUACAGCAGGAUCUUGUGGAGGUGUUUAAAGACCUCGGCUUUAAGCCUGAGGAAAAGAUCCCAUUUCAUUUGCUAUCCCAGCAAUCUGUUCUUCAGGAGCUGAUGGACUCCUCACAGUACCUGCUGGCAGACUUUUCCAGAGUUUUGGAGAACCAGCAGCGUUCAUCAGUAGAAGAUCCUGCAAGUGAAAUAGCGUCUAACACACCACCAGGAGCUGAGUGACUCCGUACCCGUGUACAUUUAUAACAUGAUUUCUCUCUUGUAAAUUCACUAGUGUUGUGAGUUUUUAGUUAUUAGCAGUUAUUUUGCUAAUAUGCUUUCAGUUUGUUUCCCUUCUACCACCAACACUUUCUUCACCGACUUCAUUUCUGGACCUCGUCUGUCCUCUAUCUUCUACCCUCAGGAAGUCUUCUCUCGCGGCUCCGUGGCUGUCGGAUGUGCAGCAGUCAGAGAGAAUUAAAAGCAGCUUAGAUAAAGUGGAGGGAAUCACAGCUUGAUGCUGAUCUCUCGUACCGCUCUCUCUCGUGUAAAAGUUCUCGUCUGAACUGAUCUAAGCCUCCUUCUACAACCUCCACAAGUUCUCCCACACACCACCCCAUUGCUGUUUUUCCUCCACCAGCUUCCUUUAGCAGCACUGUAGUUUAGAAUUCUGCCAGUUUCUCAGUGCACGUGUUCUAAUAAAGCAAAGCUCAACAGCACCAGAAGAAGGCAAUGCAUUAAAAACCUGCGUUUUAUCACUGAACUCACUUUUAGCUCAUUACAGUAAUUUGCAUUAACUCAUUAGCUUAGCAUUUGUGUUGACUGUGACGUAUCAAACAGCUGCUGAUAGAAGCAGCAGCACAGUGAUUUACUCCAGCACACUUCCUGCUGUACCGUUAAUGUGACGCUCGUUUGGGUCUCAGUGUGAAGAAGCUGCAUGUUCAAUAGCGAGUCUCUUAAAGUGACUGCGUCCACGACAUCCCUUUAUUCUCUAGUGUCGUAAUUUUACUUAUAUUCUGUAUUUACUGUGUGUUCCGCAGUUACACUGUUUGUAGAGAAUCAGAAGUCCAUCAGCCGUGUGUGUGUGUGAUAGUAAUAAAUUCUAAUUGUAUAAAUCUAAUCUCAGUAAAAUGUGUCUGUAUAAAACACUCUUCGUCCAUUUUAUUGCGGUCUGAAAGAAUCUCCUCUUCUCUUCUCUUAAUUCUGCUGAAUGUAAUGAAACUGAAAUCGGAGUCAGAUCGGAGUCACACGUCCAAAACCUCUGUAUUUUACUGACUGGAAUUUGUUGGAAAUUGAUUUCUCAUAUCUCAGUUUUGGAGUGUGAUGGGAUGAAAUGAAAUACACUCCUGUGUGUGUGUGUGUGUGUGUGUGUGUGUGUGUGUGUGUUGACCCAGUAACCCAAUCUCAUUUUCCACCAAAAGCACACACACAAAGGCUAAUUUAGCGUUCCUUGGGGGGAAACUUUUGACUUUCUGCGAUCUUCAUGUUCGCACGGUUGGUUCCUGAGGUGGAGCCGUAGACAGGAGCGCAGGCUGGAUCUGAACAUCACACUCCAUGACUCAUGCUUCAGUUUCUGACGAGUU